CUUCCUGUUGGUAGAGGCUGGGGGGUGGGGGGUCGGCUCCGUGGUGUGCGACUGUGUGGGGCGGCCUGGGGCAGCCCCGGAGCGGCUGACCCUCUGCCUGUGGGGACGGGAGUCGCAAGGCGGCCGCCAUGGCGGGGUCGGAGAGCCAGCUCAAGAAAAUGGUGUCCAAGUACAAAUACAGAGACCUAACUGUACGUGAAACUGUCAGUGUUAUUACUUUAUACAAAGAUCUCAAACCUGUAUUGGAUUCAUAUGUUUUUAAUGAUGGCAGUUCCAGGGAACUAAUGAACCUCACUGGAACGAUUCCUGUGCCUUAUAGAGGUACUACAUAUAAUAUUCCAAUAUGCCUGUGGCUGCUGGACACAUACCCAUAUAAUCCCCCUAUCUGUUUUGUUAAGCCUACUAGUUCAAUGACUAUUAAAACAGGAAAGCAUGUGGAUGCUAACGGGAAGAUAUAUCUUCCUUAUCUACAUGAAUGGAAACACCCACAGUCAGACUUGUUGGGGCUUAUUCAAGUUAUGAUUGUGGUGUUUGGAGAAGAACCUCCAGUCUUUUCUCGUCCUACUAUUUCAGCAUCCUAUCCACCAUACCAGGCAACAGGGCCACCAAAUACUUAUCAAGUUAGUGGAUUUUUUGGAGCUUCCUACAUGCCAGGCAUGCCAAGUGGAAUUUCUGCAUACCCAUCCGGAUACCCUCCCAAUCCCAGUGGUUACCCAGGCUGUCCUUACCCACCUGGCAGUCAGUAUCCUGCCACAACAAGUUCCCAGUACCCUUCCCAGCCUCCUGUGACCACUGUUGGUCCCAGUAGGGAUGGCACAAUCAGCGAGGACACUAUCCGAGCCUCUCUCAUCUCAGCAGUCAGUGACAAACUGAGAUGGCGGAUGAAGGAGGAAAUGGAUCGUGCUCAGGCAGAGCUCAAUGCCUUGAAACGAACAGAGGAAGACCUGAAAAAAGGUCACCAGAAACUGGAAGAGAUGGUUACCCGUUUAGAUCAAGAAGUAGCUGAGGUUGAUAAAAACAUAGAACUUUUGAGAAAGAAGGAUGAAGAACUCAGUUCUGCUCUGGAGAAAAUGGAAAAUCAAUCUGAAAACAAUGAUAUUGAUGAAGUUAUCAUUCCCACAGCCCCACUAUACAAACAGAUCCUAAAUCUGUAUGCAGAGGAAAAUGCUAUUGAAGACACGAUCUUUUACCUGGGAGAAGCCUUGAGGCGGGGAGUAAUAGACCUGGACGUCUUCCUGAAGCAUGUACGUCUUCUGUCCCGUAAACAGUUCCAGCUGAGGGCACUAAUGCAGAAAGCAAGAAAGACUGCCGGUCUCAGUGACCUCUACUGACUCCUCUGAUACCAGCUGGAGAUUGAGCUCUUCUAAAGCAUUCUUUUCUUCUCUUCCUUUCUCUUAUAUCAGUAGGUGCCCAGAAUAAGUUAUUGCAGUUUAUCAUUCAAGUGUAAAAUAUUUUGAAUCAAUAAUAUAUUUUCUGUUUUCUUUUGGUAAAGACUGGCUUUUAUUAAUGCACUUUCUAUCCUCUGUAAACUCUUUUUGUGCUGAAUGUUGGGACUGACUAUGCUAAAUAAAAUUUGUUGCAUAAUU